GGAAAAUAAAGUAGAAUAUGAAACUGAAAGAAGAGGUUUGUUUUGUUCUUUUUACAGCCACGAAGUCAGUCUUUUCUUAAAACAUUAGCCUAUUGCAUGUUUCCGUGAAAAAGAACAACAGGAUCUCGGUGACCGAAGAACUCUGGUGAACACAUAUUUUAUCAAACAGUAAAAAUGGCUAAAGAGUUUCAGCUUGUCAUUUUAGCAGUCACCUUAUGUUUGGCUGUUACUAUGGUUACAUCUUAUGAUGGUGAAUUAGAUCCGUUCGAUAUGAUCAACUUUGAUCCUAGCACCAUGAAGAUGAAUAAGAAGUCAAAGAAAGUCACUGUAGAUACAGAUCCAAAUAAUCCAGAGAAGCCGGACAAUCCACCUCCAGGAAAGAAUAUAAACAGUCCAGUGGAAACACUUAAUAAAGAUAGCAUGUCCAACAAUCCACCCCAGGAAAAGAUGAUAAGAAUUCCGGUUGAAACUCUAAAUAAAGAUGCCACCCCCCGACAAAAGAUGGACAUCACUAAAUGUCCUAUCCGAGUAUCUACAGCCUCUCUUUUAUUUCGUCAAUAUGUUAAUACUUUGUUAUAUCAUCUAAAAGGAAAGGUGUAUGAAGGGGGCGCUGUUGAAUUUGAUCUGCGUCUGAUCUUAGAUAAUGCCGACUUGAAUAAAUUACAGCGUUACAGUGACAGUCAAACGGAGAUGGACCUGAACACGGCACAUGAAAUUCUUACUCGGAUGAUACAAACAAUUAAAGAAGUUCCUAUUGGUGGAAAAACCAGUCGACAUUUAUGGAUUGAGGAUAGACUGGGAAUUUCCAUUGAAAAGCUUUUACAUGUAUUGUUGAUUAUAGGUCUGAUUGUAGUCAUAGCAACGAUAAUGGUUCAUCUGAAAUUUAACAAAUAUCAACUCAUGUAUUAUUUGUUUAUAUUGGUGUUUAUUGUCAGUGUCUGUCUCACAUGGUACAGCUUAUACAAGAGAGAAGUAUCAAAACAACAUUAUGCAGUGAGUAAAGAAAUGCCAGAACACUGUAAAAGUCGUGAAGAUAAGGAGUCAGGUUUUUUAUCAGUGACCUGGUCAUGGAUGGUGUCACAAGUCACGUUUCAGAAAGAUGAAUGUAUAGAUUACUACGAACAGCUUCUGAUUGAUCCCAUCGUAAAAGUUUCCCCAAUCGAGGCUUUAGCUGUAACAGCAGUACGGUUCUUUGUAACACCUUUACGUCAUAUCGCUGAGGGCUUGAGUGAUUUUACUAGAACAUUAUUGAAAGAUCUACCUAUACAACUAUGGCCGAUAGUCUUGGUCAUCAUGACUAUCUUCGGUUUCUUGGUUUUGUUUAUGGGUUUUGGAUAUCGAGUUGGUAUGCCGUUUGGUAUGUUAACCAUUGAACCAGGACGAAGAGACCGUAAUAUAGAGAUUCAGGCUCUAGAUGACAGAUAUAGAAUCAAGAUGGAAGAGCAGAUGAAGCAGGUCCAAAAAAUGUUACAAAAUGUUCUAGACCAUCAAUCUAAUCCUGCUAUACAAUAUUCUGGCGGUGGGGGAGAUGCACCAAGUUCAAAAUCUCCCCAAAAGGAUGUACGAGCUAAGAAACACCCGAAACAAGACCAGCAAAAAGAAUUCAAAGUAAAAUCAUCUCCAGUUCAAAAUGGGGUUGAAAAUGGUGCCAGUGAAGACAGCGAAGGUGAUAAUUGUGAAAUAGAAGUUGAAAAACCGAAAUCAAAACUCAACAAAAAUAAAAACAAACGUCUAAACGAAUCUGCAAAUGUAUCUGAAAAAAUUUGUGUUGAGUGUUCGGAGGAUGUUCUGGAAACUGGUGCCGUGGGGACAAAUGACCCCAAACGGUCUGCAAUACCUGUGAAAAAAAGUGGUACCGACACGCCCAUUUCAGACAUAGGACAACUAGAAAAGUAAAAAUGACAGCAAUGAUGAAUGCCAGUCAUUAUGAUUGAUUACCAAACUGUAAAAUUAAUAUUGACCAAAAGCUAUAAUUACCUUUCACCAAAAAUUCACCUAAUGUUUGACAUUGAUUAUCAAUUUUUUUAUAAAAAGUAUCGUUCAUCGUUUUUAUGGAAAAAAUCGUGGUUCACUGGUGAAUCGUUUCGGCCUUAUAUAGUAAUGCUGUAUAUCUUACCCGCUUAUUCCACAGUAAUCGCCAGUUUUAAAGAUUAUUAUGUUUUCAUACUUUGCAUAAUCAUAAGUUUAUAAAUUGAAAAUAGCUUUCAUUACCACAACUCCAUCUCAUUUCAUUUCUGUACCACUGGUAAAAUUGUGUUUCUUCCUGGGGAGACUCAUAGGUCAUCCAUGCACAUUUAAAAAAUGAUGGUAUAGCCUUAUGAAAGGUUAAUGUUUUUUUUUUUUGAACAAUACUUUUAUUCAGGAUAUCUGAAUGAGAUUUGAGAACAUUCUUAGUGGAUGUAAAACGCCUCUCCCUGAAAUGUUAAUGAGGCUCUUAUAUUGUAUUUUCAUCAUUCAUCAGGCCAGACAUGGAUCUGAAAUUCUAUGCAGAAUAUUUUUCUGAAAAUGGUAACAAUGCUGAAUGGGAACAAUGUUUGGCACCUAGGCAGCUGAUAAAAAUAAUGUGGUUGUGCUAUUUUUCCAGGUGCUUUUUGUAUUAUUUAUCACAUUUUGUUUUGAAAUUUACAUCAUUUAAUCGAUCAUUCAUAAUACAUCACUCAUUUACUAUAGAUUGAUUUAUUGUCAAUUGUUUGUAUAAAGUGUCUUGAUGUCCGAGUGGGCAUAUUCCCGAUAGGACGUUUGCCCACUUGUGUAGGACAUGUCCGGUAUAUUUGGCAAAAUAUAACCCAUAUCAUGUUCAGGGGGGAUGUUAGGUGUCUUAAGAAAGAGGGUCUAUAACCCCGUUUACAUUACAAAUUUUAGGCGGGCCAGGUGGGCACGGCACGGUUGAUGUUUUUGUAGUGUAAAUGGGUCAACAUAAGCGUGCCGUACUGAAUACCACUAUAAUUGUUUUCAUCCUGGUAAUUUGCAAAGGGACUGAAAUUCAUUUUUCUGUGAAGAGUUCCACAUUUUGUGCACAUGUACCUGACACGGUUCUGAGACAGGUUAUUUUAGAGUUAUGUAAACGGGUCAAUUACUUGAAAUUUAUCGUGGCCUGGUGCCGUUCUCCGGCACGCUUAUCACGGCCAAGUGUAAACGGGGCUUAUGUUUGUGUGUAGUAUAUUUGUAUCUCUAUAAUACUUGUAAUUGUGAUAUAAAUCUCAACAAAUUUAGUGCUUCUGCUAAAAAUAAAUAUAUAAAAAUAAAAUCAA